AUGUGAGGGGGUCAAAGCCCUUUUAUAUUUCCUGGGACAGCCUUGGGAGGAAGCACUUGGGGUCGUUUCUGUAUUCCUGCGGUAGCAGCCAGUGGGUUUAGGGAGGGAGGGAAAGGCGACUGUGCCAUGGGAAAGCUGUGCUGAAAGGGGUGAGGGAACGUGAGGUGUGGAUGUCGGAGCGGGUGUUCCGGGCAGCUCCGGGGCCAGCGUGAGUGAGAGGAGCCGCAGCUGGAAGGGGCGUCGGUGCCCGCGGUGCGAGUGGAUCCGUGCGUGGGGAAAGCGGCGGCAGGGAGUGCGGUGCAGGGUGCCCGAGCUAGAUGUGGUCCCGCGGAAGGUGUCGGUAGGAUGUGGGCUGAAGGCUGUCGUCGCCGCCAGGAUGGCUCUUGUCGGGCUCCAGCAGCACCGUUGGAGGCCCGGGGGAUGGAGGCAGGGCCCCCGCGGGGCAGGUGCAGUGGGGGGGCUGUCUCCCCCCGGGGACAUCCGGGUGGCAGCCCACUGUGGCGAAGCGUGUGACGCCAGAAGCGCAGGCGAGGCUCAUAUUUGGGCACGGAGCAGGUUAUUGGAGGCCGCGGCCCCGCAGCCGGGAGAUGAGGCGCCUGAUAAAGGCUGCCCCGGUGCUGCUGCCUGCGUUGGCUCGGGCGCAGGCCUGAGGGAGCUGCCCCGGCUGCGCCGGCUCGGGGCCGGUGCCGUGGGGCCGGUGCCGUGGGGCCGGUGCCGUGGGGCCGGUGGCCAUGGGGCCGGUGGCGGCGCUGGGGCUGCUGCUGUGCGUGCGGCUGUGUGCGGGCUCCGGGCAGCUGCGUCUGGUGGGCGGCGGCGGGCGCUGUGCCGGGCGCGUGGAGGUGGAGCACGGCGGUGAGUGGGGCUCCGUGUGCGUAUUCGACUUCCACUGGGAUGGUCGCUUGGCUGAGGUGGUGUGCCGGCUGCUGGGCUGUGGCCGGGUGGCCAGGGCGUCCCCGUACGCCCCGUUCGGGCAGGGCACCGGGCGGAUCUGGCUGCAGCCACGCUUCUGCCGAGGAGGUGAGAAUGCGCUGGAGGAGUGUUCGCACUAUGGAUUGGGACGGCACUUCUGCGGCCACGAGCGGGAUGUGGGGGUGACCUGCACAGAUGCCGUGGAGCUGAGGCUGGUGGGCGGCAGCAGUCCCUGUGCCGGGAGGGUGGAGGUGAAGCUGCAGGGACAGUGGGGCUCGGUGGGAGACGACGACUGGGACAAGGAGGACGCCGAGGUGGUUUGCCAGCAGCUGGGCUGUGGCUCGGCUUCCAAAGACUACUACGCCCGUGACAGAUUUGGCCUAGGGGGCUGGCUCAUCAGCCUGACUCAGGUGGACUGCAGUGGGUACGAGGCCACGCUCUGGGACUGCGAGAUCCGUGGCUGGGGACCCUAUAACAGCAGCAUCCGUUAUUGGCACACUGCUGUUGUCUGCCAAGGAUUCUCCCGGCUAGUCGGAGGUGAUGGAGCCUGUGCCGGGCGUCUGGAGGUGCGUCGGGGCCGGGCCUGGGUCGGUGUCUGUGAGGAUCAGGUGGACAUGAAGGCGGCCCAGGUGGUGUGCAGGGAGCUGGGCUGCGGUGAGGCGCUCGCCAUCCCUGGCAGCGCUCGAUUUGGGAGAGGAUCAGGGUCAUUGUGGGACGGUGGCUUCCAGUGCAAUGGCACCGAGUCCCUGCUCAGUGCGUGUGCCCGGCGUCUGCCCCUCAGCCAGGCCUGCGCCGGCCCUGCCAGCGUCAUCUGCUCCGCCUACACGGGCUUCCGGCUGGGGAACAGCAGCUCGGGAUGCUCCGGGCGAGUGGAGGUGGCAGUGAGGGGGACGUGGGGAUCCGUGUGCGCCAGCGAGUGGGACCUGGCCGAUGCGCACGUCCUGUGCCGCCACCUGGGCUGCGGCCGCGCCUCCAGCGUGCCCCCGGGAGGCUCCUUCGGCAGCGGGGAGGGGACACUGCGGCCGGACGCCUUCGGCUGCCACGGGAGCGAGCGGCACCCGGGCGAGUGCCCCGUGGCCGUGCUGGGGAAGCCGCCCUGUGUGCCCGGAAACGCCGCCGCCGUCAACUGCUCAGGUGCUGGCUUUGUCACGACCCUGCGGCUGGUGGGUGGUCAGAGCUUGUGUGAUGGGCGGCUGGAGGAGGCCAUAACCAGCCCAGCCUGGCGCCGUGUGCCGCUGGAGCAGUGGAAGUCAUGGGAUGUCAACGCGGUAUGUUCCGUGCUGGGCUGUGGCCAAGCCAGGGAUGUUUACUCUGCCUUGGGUACGGCUGCUGCAUUGAGCAGCAGCCCCAGCCAGGUGGACAUCAGGACUGAAGAGAUGGACGGCGUUUUGGACGUGGGCUCUGCACUGACCGGCAGCCCUGAGGAGAUGGAUGACCAGCUGGAGGAGAGGGGCGAUGUCUCAGGGAUGGGCCCUGCGCUGAACAGCAGCGUGGAGGAGAUGGCCAUCACCUGCUCAGGCAGCCGGCAGGUGAGGCUGGCGGGGAGCUCGGGGCGCUGUGCCGGGCGCGUGGAGGUCUAUUCCGGGGGCAGCUGGAGCUCCGUCUGCCAGGAAGGCUGGGAGCUGCAGGACGCCGCCGUUGUCUGCCGGGAGCUGGGCUGUGGCACGGCACUGGAGGCCCCGAGCCGGGCGCGCUUCGGUGCCGGCACGGGGCCGCUGUGGCCGUACGUGCCCGACUGCUCCGGCUCCGAGGAGUCUCUCUGGGAAUGCGGGCGCACGGAACGGCGCGAGUGCGGGCGUGGUGGCGGGGCAGGGGCCGUCUGCUCAGGUCGGUGCCGGGCACCCCAAGGUCAGGGCCCGGCAGAGGCCCCGGGGGGUUCCCGGCCGUGCCGUGACCCCCCCGCACCCCUUGCAGAGCAGCUCUCGGUGCGGCUGGCAGGAGGCCCUGGGCGCUGCCGGGGGUACCUGGAGGUGUCCUACAACGGCACCUGGGGCCGUGUCUGCGCUACCGGCACCAGCACCGACACCGGCACCGCCGUCUGCCGCCAGCUGGGCUGUGGGCACCGGGGCUGGCUCUCAGCUGUCCCCACCCAGCAGCCGUCCCUGGCGUGGCUGGCCUGGGUGGGCUGUGAGGACGGGGCCCGCUCGCUCUGGGGGUGCCCCUCGGCCCCCUGGCACCUGCAGAGCUGUGGCACCGGCGGCUACGCCAAAGUGGAGUGUGAGGAGGACGGCGAUGGCACCUCUGAGGGACGCACUACCCCAUAUCCGGAGGGUGCCACCAGCACAGGUGUCCCCAGCAGAUCGCCCUCAGCAGUGGCCGUGGGGACUGUGCCUGUGCCCACUGUGCUGUGCGUGGUGCUGGGGACGCUGCUGUGCCUGUCCCUGGGUGCCCUGGCCCUGCUGCUGUGCCGUGCCCGUGCCCGGCGCCGAGGCCCUGGCAGAGCUGCAGAUGCCAUCUCCAACGCUGUCUACGAGGAGCUGGAUUACAAAGCCGUGCCAGAGUACCAGGAGGUGCCCACUCCCCCAGGUUCCCUGUCGGAGGGACGGGUGAAGAAGCUGCCGUAUUACACCGGGGACAGCGUGGAGGGGAGUGACACCGAGGCAGCCCCAGAUCCCCCUGACCGGCCCGAGCAAGGAACCCCGGAGGGCUACGACGAUGUCCUGGAUGUGCCACAGGAGGCCCCUGCUCCCAGCACUGGGGACAUCUCUGAGGGAGUGGCACGGCAGAAGUCGAUCUGUGUCCUCCCCACAGGUGGGAUCUGCUCCCCUCCAUGUCCCCCAGGAGCAACAACAGACUUCUCAGAUCCGAGCCCAGGGAACACGGACUAUGACGAUGUGAGCGGCAGCGCCCCGGCGACACUGCCAUGAGGAUGUCCUGGCCAUGCCACAGCCCUGGGGACACGUGUGUGGCAGUGCGGUGGGGCCCUGUGCCCAGGGAGGUCUGGCCCUGCCCAUGGAAGUCAUCCCUCGCUGUGCAGCGCUGCAGGAAAGCAGCUCCUGUGUAGGGAUUUCCUUUGAUUUCAGUUUAAAUUUCCCAUUUUUCCGUAUUAAAAGCCAAACUGGUCAGAAACUCA